AUGUACCCAAGGAUCCAUCAACAGUUGCUGUCACACAGUGAUCCUAGUCAACGCGAUCACGAUCGUUUAGACACAUCGGGUUCAGUCGACUCCAGACACAAUCCUGUACAUAUAGAAGCUCAUGAUGUUUCGGUCUCCCUCACUACUUCGUCUUUCGAAGGGAUACGACGCGCUUGGAAGACGACAAAAAGUACAGCUAUACCACCACAAUCACCAAGGAUUCUCCACAACGUACAGGCAUGUAUACCACCUGCACAGUUGACCGUUAUUCUUGGAGGUAGUGGCUCGGGGAAAACGUCUUUCCUGAAUGUGCUCUCUGGCCGAACACAGAAUGGUCGUCUAAAUGUUACGGGUAACGUCACAUACAACGGUAGCGCAGACAUUGGAGCAUUUCGGAGUGCGUAUCUGGUACAGCAAGAUAUCCUUCCUGCGAUGUUGACCGUCCGCGAGAUAUUGAGCUAUGCCGCAGAGUUAAGCCUGGGUUCUGCAGGAAUCUCAGAGAUUAACCGUGCUGUCAAUAACAUCAUUUCAAAGCUAGGCCUCGAAAACUGUGCGGAAACCAGAAUCGGAGACAACAAGAAUAAGGGAUGUAGUGGGGGUGAAAGGCGAAGAGUCAGUAUUGGGAUUCAACUGCUAAAAGUGACCUCGGUACUCUUUUGCGAUGAACCAACAACUGGUCUUGAUGCAGCAACGGCUUUCCAGGUUAUUCAGACUUUAAAGCAACUAGCCGAUGGUGGUAUGACAGUGGUCAUGUCACUCCAUGCACCAAGGUCUGACGCAUGGAGCCUUUUUGACAAUGUGAUUUUACUGUCCGGUGGUCACUUGAUGUACAGCGGAUCAUCAAAUAUGGUGGGCGACUAUUUCAAGGAUUGUGGAUAUGAAAUGCCUCCAUUCGUGAAUCCGGCGGACUUUCUCUUGGAUAUCACAUCAAUUGAUGUACGCUCAGAGGCAUCAAAGUCUAAAUCCCAUGUUCGAGUGGAGCAGCUAAACCAAUGCUGGAGGAAUCGUUCGGCAACCAUUACAGCAAACUACUCCGGUAGCAAAGCUCCAAGUUAUUCAAGAGUAUGCAAAGUAAUGGACUGGAAGUCGCUACUUGGAAUUUGGUGCGCUGUUGCUGCGUUGGCUGCUAUCAACGGUUGGGCUUUCUGGCAACUAGAUGGCAGCUUGAGUGGGAUUAGGUCACGCGAAGGUAGCCUCUGGGACGCCACUGGGCUAUACGGAUACUUGAUCCUAGUCCAUGAGAUAUGCCGUCUAAUUGAUGAGAUUGGUCUAUUUGACCACGAGCGGAGAGACGGAGUCCUGAGCGCAUCCGCAUUUUUACUUAGCCGGAGAGCGUCAAGAUUUUUCCUAGAGGAUCUAAGCCUUCCCCUUCUCUUCACGGCCAUCUACUAUCCCAUGGUCGGAUACCGUGGCUCGGGCUCCCAGGUUUGCAUCUUUCUACUUGUCAUGCUACUAACGCAUUAUCUUGCCAUUGGGAGCUUUCACGGAGCAGGCCUGAUGGGAAACCUCUUUUUCACUUUGCAGAUGGUGGCAUCCGCAUACUUUAUCCAGACUAAUCAAACUCCACUGUACGCUCGAUGGCUCAAAUGGGUCACUCAUACUUUCUAUACAUUUGGUGCUCUAUGUGCGAACGAGUUUAUCGGUGUGCAUGGCCCAUACCAAGGGCACCUGUAUGACUGCCCUUUCUCGGCCGAUCUUACAGAUCCUCGCUGUAAGCAGUAUACUGGACGGUUUGUCAUGGAUAGCUUGGGAAUGCCGAAAGAGUGGAUAUGGCGUCCUAUUGUUAUCUUGUGGUCCAUGACUUGUAUUUUUCAUUUAUCGGGAGCAUUUGUUCUUCAUAUCAAUCAUCCAAAACCACCUCUUACUCCACCUGAGAGGCCAAGGUACAACCGUUCAAUUCCUCCAGUUUCCCUCUGCCUGGAAGACUACGUCCUAAAGGCAAAACGGCGUAAGUCAACGCGGGGAAAUGUAACCAGUAUCACAUCCAGGAUCUGUGGUCCAGUGUCCACCAUAUUUCAACCAGGAAAACUGAAUGUGAUUAUGGGAGCAUCAGGUAGUGGCAAAACAUCUUUGUUGUCUUCAUUAGCUGAAAGGCUUCCUCCGAGUUCAGGUUCCAAGUGGUGCCGUACAGGCUCAGCUUUGUAUAAUGGAAAACAGUUACCGAAGGUCCAAAUCAGAUCAAUGGUUUCAUUUGUGGCUCAGGAUGACGACAAUCUAAUGCCGGCACUUACGGUGGACGAAACAUUGCUCUUUGCCGCUCGGCUAAAGUUGCCAUCCUCAAUGCCUGACGGUGAGAAGCGUGAGCGUGUUUCAGAAGUUAUUACAAAGUUUGGUCUGGAAUCAUGUGCAAGACGUCUAGUUGGGUCCACAAUCAAAAGGGGAAUCAGUGGCGGAGAAAAACGUCGUCUGUCGAUCGCUUGUGAGGUCCUAACGAUGCCACGAGUUCUUAUUUUAGAUGAGCCUACGUCCGGGCUCGACAGCUUCAUGGCACUCACUGUACUAGAAGUCCUGCAGAGCCUAGCUGCUGAAGGCUGCACUAUCAUUCUCACAGUCCAUCAGCCCACGUCGUCGAUGUGGCCACUUUUCUCCAACUGCCUGCUUCUCUCACCAGACGGCUUACCCCUGUACUCUGGUGAAACGUCUGAGAUGCGUUCCUAUUUUCAUUCAGUGGGAUUUGAGUGCCCUAAGGCGAUGAAUCCUGCAGACUUCUUUAUGGAUCUUGCAACAUCCGGCGAAAUUCAAGGGAGCUACGAGAAUAGUAAGAAGCGACUAGGCAGCCUUGUCGAUGCGUGGAAAGCCCAUGGGCCCUACACAAGAAAACAAUCCCUUGGUUCUCGGCCCGGAACUGAUCGUGGUUGUACGGAAUCGGUUUCGGAUUCUACAACAUGCAACCAUCUUUCUUCUGUAACAGCUUUCCCGAUACUUGUACAUCGUGCCGUGCUGAACACUUUUCGCCAGCCAAUCUCAAUCUUGGCCCGAUCAAUCCAGGCUCCUGGCGUGGGUCUUUUGUUGGCACUUUUUACUGCACCGAUGAAAACAGACUACAUUUCCAUCCAAACCCGCAUGGGUGUUAUCCAACAGUAUUCAUGUCUAACCUUCAUUGGUAUGCUCCAGAACGUCGCGACCUUCCCUCCUGAAGUGGAUGUUAUGUACCGCGAGACAUCAGAGGGUCUAUACAAAAUUGAAGCAUUUCUAGCGCAGUAUACCAUCCUCGAGCUUCCUUUUGAAGCUUUUUCUGCCCUGGCGGAUCUGUUUGGUUCCUUGUUCCUAAGUGCUCUUUGCACGCUGAACAGUGGGGAAUCAAUAAGUAUGCUGUUUUAUCUUCUCUUUGAUCAUAUAAGUCUAGCAGUCAGCUUCACGGCAUCGUUACUUGCUAUCUUCACCGUGCUAGGCGGCGUCAUGAGUCUGGACCCGCCAAAGGUACUUCAGUGGUUCAACUACAUAUCGCCAGUCAAGUAUGCGGUAACCAGUAUCUCUGUCUUCACCAUGAGAGAUUUGAUAUUUACUUGCACGGAGGAGCAGCGAGAUGUGAAUGGAAAAUGCCUAAUAGAAACCGGAGAACAAGUCUUGCAACUGUACAAAUUCGAUCAGAAGAAUCCGUGGUUGCAAGUCGUGGGGGGUGUUGUGGCCAUGUUGUGCUAUCGUUUGUUGGUAUACGCGAUUCUCAAGAUCAAGGUCAAGCGGUUGAACUCUAGAGACACACAAGAUUGGCUUAAACGACAACUACGACGACGAGGGAGCGAGACGACGCGCGAGGAAGAACAAGGCUUGGUGCUUUCUGACCUGAACGCAUGA